CGCGGAGCGGAGCGGCCCCGCGCUCCGGAACGGGCGGUGCUGCCUGCCCAGCCGUUUCCUGCCCGGGACGCGGCGGAGCGGAGCCGAGCGGAGCGGCGCCGAGCGGAGCCAUGACUCACCAGACCGGCAUCCACGCCACCACAGAAUUAAGGGACUUUUUUGCCAAAGCCCGAAAUGGUUCAGUUCGGCUCAUCAAGGUCAUCAUUGAGGACGAGCAGCUCGUGCUGGGAGCCCACAAAGAGCUGUCCCGGCGCUGGGACGCCGACUAUGACACCUUGGUGCUGCCCUUGCUGGACGAGCAGCAGCCCUGCUACGUCCUGUACCGCCUGGACAGCCAGAACGCCCAGGGCUUCGAGUGGCUCUUCAUCUCCUGGUCCCCAGACAGCUCCCCGGUCCGGCUGAAGAUGCUGUACGCUGCCACCAGAGCCACUGUGAAGAAGGAGUUUGGUGGGGGGCACAUAAAGGACGAGAUGUUUGGCACAGUGAAGGAGGACGUGUCCCUGAGCGGGUACCAGAAGCACGUGUCCUCCUGCUCUGCGCCCGCCCCGCUGACCGCAGCCGAGCAGGAGCUGCAGCAGAUCCGCAUCAACGAGGAUUCCUGCUCCCAGGACUCGAGCACUGAGAUGGUGAAGACGGAGAUCAGCGUGGAGAGCAAGCACCAGACGCUGCAGGGCCUGGCCUUCCCCCUGCAGCCGGAUGCCCAGCAAGCCAUCCAGGCUCUCAAGCAGAAGAAAAUCAACUACAUCCAGCUGAAGCUGGAUCUGGAGCGGGAGACCAUCGACCUGGUGCACACGAGCCCCACAGAGAUCACUGACCUGCCCAAGAGGAUCCCCCAGGACUCUGCUCGCUACCAUUUCUUCCUGUACAAGCACUCACACGAGGGGGAUUACCUGGAGUCUGUUGUCUUUAUCUACUCCAUGCCCGGGUACAAGUGCAGCAUCAAGGAGCGCAUGCUCUACUCCAGCUGCAAGAGCCGGUUGCUGGACACUGUGGAGCAGGAGUUUUGCUUGGAGAUAGCCAAGAAGAUCGAGAUCGACGACGGGGCGGAGCUGACGGCGGAGUUCCUGUACGAGGAGGUGCACCCCAAGCAGCACGCCUUCAAGCAGGCCUUCGCCAAGCCCAAGGGCCCCGUGGGCAAGCGGGGGCAGAAGCGGCUGAUCAAGGGGCCGGGCGAGAACGGCGAGGACAGUUAGAUCCCGCGGGCGGCGGUGAACGGACACCAUCCUGCGGCGCUUCCCGCCUCCCUCUCCGCUGACCUGGGGAUCUUUCCCUCCAUCUCA